CGAAGGCAAGGCUUACUCGCUGACACGAACGCCAUAGACGCUCUCAUAUGAUAGACGCUGGUUUCACUCACGCUCAAAACUUGAUUUAGCUACAUGGAUAAGAGAUGGUUGACGACGCUUCGUGGCGCAGCCGCCGGAGAUAUCGCGCAACCACCAAGUUCUAGAAUGCAGAGUGUCAAUCUUCCAAAAUGUAGUGGCACAUGAUAGGGGACCUGAAUGAGACACCCAGGGUUUGACCGGAGCAGAACAUCAGGCUCUGAGAGCAACCCUCCCGAGGCUCCCGUGAUUUGCCAUUGAAUCCCGUUCUUUGUCCGUGGUUGACACAUUUGUCGAGCUCUCCCUUGGUUCCCCUCUUCUCUUCGUCUGGUCGUUUGCUCUCCACCACCUGGAAUUGAAUUACUGCAAAAAGAAACACGGAUCGUCCGAGUAUCUCUCAAGUAUCAUCUGUACGCGUUAGCUUGAGGCUUGAGGCCAGCUGCGCACCUGACCUGUGUCCUAUAACUCAGCGCACUCUUGCCCCGCACCCCGGAAGCGGGACUUGCGCCUCGUCACCCGCGACCGUUCCAUCCAAAUUUCAGAUUUCGACCCGAGCGAACAACAAAGUUUCCCACCCUGGUCAUCGCCACGCAAGGACAAACCUUGAUAAACCGAACCACCCCCAUCUUCUUUACCUCGCUUAAUUUGGCUAUCGCAAACUCCUUCCCCGAACUCCCCUAUUUUAUUCACCACAACAAGCAAACCAAACUCCAGUCGCCCCUCCGAUUUCGCAUCGUCGUCGUCGCUGUCGCGGAUCGCCUAAUCAUCGUCGUCCAUCAAUCAAAUCCGUCAAUCACCAUGUCGCAAAAGCACGAUCAGCCUCCCGCCUACGGCGCUCCUCCCCCCGGCGCUCCCCAGCAGGCUUACUACCCACCCCAGGGCGGCCCUCCUCCUCAGGGUCCCUAUGAUCAGCAACAGCCUUACUACCAGCAGGGCCCUCAGAUGGGCUAUGGCCAACAGCCACCUCCCGGCGCGUAUUACCAGCAGCAGGGCCCGUAUCCUCCUCAGGGACAGUAUUACCCACCGCAGCAACAAGAGAAGAAGGGACCUGGUUUCUUCGAGGCGUGCUUGGCCGGUAUGGCGUGUUGCUGCUGCUUGGACAUCUUGUUCUAAACGAACACGACCAAUAAAUACAACAACAAUAAAACAGCGACAGAAGACAAAAAAGCAGGAGAUGGAAAUUUUGUCAGCACGAUGGAGGAAGGUGAUCCUUUAUGUAUGCCGCGCAGCGGGGGGGGGAGCUCCGAUGCGAUUUUCCCGAUCCUUGUACGCGGACCACCACCUGCAAGACACCAUGCAGACCGGCGAAUUCAACAAACGGCGCAGCAGGGCCAGGCAUACGGUACUUCUUCUGAGAGCUUGCGGCGGCGAAACAGGGAGGAUAGCGGUUUUACAUAUCUCUACCAGGAAGCAAUGAACACAUGGGGCGUACCGGGGGGUUGCAUUUCUCUAGGUUGUGAUACGGGAGCACAACGCAUAACAUAACAUGAUGCGCACUGAGGGGGUUUUCUAGGAUGUUACGAUGUGGAAUAUGUUGGCUAUUCUGGAACUGGGGAUUAUUUGUUUACUUAUCAUUUGUGUAAUGAGUCGCUAAGGUGGCUUUAGUUCUUUUUAGUCAAGGCAUGAAGUUGGAAGUAAUAGAGUGUCAAUUUCUGAG